GCUCAGUCCCAAUCACAUUAUUUUAUAUAUAUAUAAAAACACUAUAUACUCUCGUCUCUCUCGACUGUGCUGAAAUUUUUUGGAUCAAAAAAAAUCCAAUCGGAAAAUCACCCAAUUUCGACCGGAAAAAAUGUCGGGAAAAGGAGCUAAGGGUUUGAUUAUGGGGAAAACAGCGGCUAAUAAGGAUAAAGAAAAGGAGAAGAAGAAACCCACUUCUCGUUCUUCUCGUGCUGGUCUACAGUUUCCAGUUGGGCGUAUCCAUCGACUGCUGAAGGAGAGAACCAACGCCAAUGGGAGAGUGGGUGCUACUGCAGCUGUCUACUCUGCUGCAAUCUUGGAGUAUCUAACCGCUGAGGUAUUGGAGCUGGCUGGAAAUGCAAGCAAGGAUUUAAAGGUGAAACGUAUCACCCCAAGACAUUUGCAGCUAGCAAUUCGAGGUGAUGAAGAACUUGACACUCUGAUCAAAGGAACAAUAGCGGGAGGGGGUGUUAUACCACACAUUCACAAAUCACUCAUCAACAAAUCUUCUAAGGAGUAAUGGAAGCCUGUGUGCUACAACUAGACAUAGAAAUUGUUAUGUUGCCAUACUCUCUUUUGCAUAACUUCAAAAAAGUUGGUUUUGGUGUUUGCAAAUGCAUAGACAUAGAAUUUUAUGUUUGCAUAUUCCGUUGUCCUUUGAUGACAGACUAAAUUUAAUGUUAUUUAAUUGACUUCAAUUUGAACUA